GUAGCUUUACGCUCUGCACCCAUGAACAACGGUAUUAUGCGCUCCGUACUACAGGAUAAUCACGAAACGCUCAUUAAUCAGUAUGAAGCAAGCCUUGCGGACGUAUGGGCCCUCCAGUCAACCUUGAAUGAUGAGGUCUUGUCCCAUGUGGCCCAAGAAUUGGCGCUCAGUGAUGCGGACCAUACAUGGGCAAAAGAAUGGAUCUCGGAUACAGCAACAAUUUUCCGUUUCUUACGGUACCAUAAGUUCAUUCGUUCAUUCGCAUUGGAGGCCAUACACACCACGCUCGUUUGGCGUCUAAAUGCACUGCGACUCUCCACUCUUCCUUCCGCACUGUUCCAUUGCCUUCCGCCGCCGAUUUGCGAUCCACUUGGCCGUCCCCUCGUGUUUCUCCACUUGUCAGAAUUGCUGACUUGUGAGCAAACAAUGAUGGAUGGAUUUCUGAUCUCCCUCGAACGCCUGCGUAUUCAUAUGCGCUCGCUCAAUGAUAAGUACGCAAACCAUGAAAUAAUUCUUCAAUGUGUUUUCGUCGUCGACCUUGAAGGUCUAUCAAUCCAGUCGUUUAACCUUAAAAUUUUGACGUGGUUCAUGAAGGAAGUAGUUCCCCGAUACCCUGGAAUGUUUGCUGCAGUAUUCCUCCUCAAUUACUCUUGGACGUAUGCAAUGACAUGGUCCAUUGUGAAGUGCCUACUUCCUAAUUCCGCAGUUGCCCGAGUCUUCUUUCCAUCUAGAGAGGAGCUUCUUCAAUAUUGUUCUCCUUCAGCGCUACCAUCUAAUUAUGGCGGUGCACUUUCGCCACUUCACCUUGUUGAAGAUCCACUGAAUUCGGACGACCAGACUUCUGCUUCGUCCGUGUUCAUACCCCCUCGAUCCUCCCUCAACCCGUUUUUUGGUUAUCCUUCAGUCGCUUCUCUUUCAAGACCGCACGUGGUGAAACAAGGUCGCCGGCGGAAGCGUGAUCUACUGUUGACCCUUUCAGUUCUCUGGUGGAGACGAUGGGGUGCACGUGUCAUUAUAUUGUUCUUUCUUAUCGCAGUCAGUCUCACUCGGAAGAGAGUCAGGGGAGUAAACCGAUGGAUGCUGGGGGUACCUCUAUCUUCUGGCAACACCUUGCAAUGACUUAGCCUGUAUGAUGAAAUCGAUGAUGAACCGGGAUAUCAUGUCAGCGGUUCUGAUGCCCGCGCAGUCAAGAAAUGCCGAGGUGUUACAUAACUUACCUUGUGAUUUGCACACCUAGUCCGCAUGCAAUCACUAUUGAUUAAUUAUCGAAUCAUGGUUCUCAACUUGGCGGAGUGACCUAUUUUUUCUCCGGCUAACAUGGACAUCGUACUAGCUAAUGAAUCCACAUUCUGGCA